UGCAGGGAGUUGGACCUGGCCUUCGUAGUCCCUUCCAACUCUACCAUUCUAUGAUUCUAAGCAGAGCUGAGAGUUAUGUAAGUUUAAUUCACUUUGGUAUUGCGAUAUCCCCUGUCUUUUGAAAGUAUAGAUCUCAUUGUCUUCUGGCAGGUCUCCUAUAACUUUAAUCCUCCUGCUAAGGCAGGAGUUCAAAAGUUGAAGGUAUUUGCCCUGCUUUUACCUCCAGUUCGAAUUCUAGCUCUUGUGCAGAUGCUAAAGCCGCUGGAACCCUUCCAGACACCAGCCCAUCACUACAUGGAAAAGUAGGCAGGUUUCCUUUGCUUUCUCCAGUGAGUGCUAAAGGACCCUGCACUAUCAGUAACAUCCAUGAGAUGUCACUCUUAUCUUUGGCAGAACCGUUCCACCUUAUUGCUUAAAUUAUUAGUGUUCUUUGAAACGGAAUUCACAGGCAAAUGUUUAGAUUUCCUGUUGCUGUUUGAUUUUAAAGUUUACUAAUAUUAGAUGUGUUGUAUGUAUGAAUGCAGACCUUAUUAUAAAUUGAUUUAAAAAGGGUUGCAAUGACAUGUUUUUUCCAAUACGUGUGUACACUGUGUACCAAAUAAAAAUAUUCUUACAUCAGUCAUCAACAUGAGAUGCUACAAAAAGUGGGUGGACUUUUGAAAUGUCUUCUCAUUGAAAUAUAGUUUGAAAUUACAUAAUCUUAAAUUUUGGAAUAGACAUGAUACAUAAUAAAUUUAUUCCUCCCAGUCAAUUUGUAGUGAAAAAUCAGUACAAAUUUAAAUUUGGAUUAAAUAUGGCAGGGAAAGGGGAAAAGAAAAAGAGACUUAUGGAAAUAUUUUACUUUUCAACAUUAACACAAUACCUUCCAGAAUAUGUGCCAUCUAUUUCAGGGAUGGGGAAACGAUGGCCCAGUUCUCUGAACUGUUAAGGUCAUAGUGAAUGCUGAUUCUGUCUUCUGCGGCAUUAGCUACCCCGACUACAUUCAGCUUUCCUUUGUCUCUGAAAAUGAAACCUAAAAGGAUAUGAUCACUUCCUCCCAAGGUUCCCAGUACUUACACUUCGUCAAUCAACUCCUCCCGGUUGGUGAGCACCAGGUCCAAGAUAGAUGAUCCCCUUGUUGCUUCUUCCACCUUCUGGGAAAUGAAACUAGCAAAGCUGUGAUAAAUCAAUAUGUACAUUAUCACAGCCACAUAUUGAUGAAAAUUAAAUAGGAAAUGCAUUAAACUUCAACCAUCUCCUUUCUGUAUUCUGUCAUGUAGAAAUAAAGCAAACUUUAUUUCACAUUCUUCUAAUGUUUUUAAAGGACCCAUUUGCCACCCCAAACACGCUGAAUCACGGCUGGUCACUUCAGAUAAAAUUAGAAGCAUGAGAUUUGUGUGAGCUUGGCAGGGUAAUUUUAUCCUUGCUUUGGCUAAUGAGCUACUUUAGAGGAAUUAAAUUAUUAGUGCAUCCUCAGCCAUUCCAUGUGGACUAGCACCUGCAUUGUAAAAAUAGAUCUCUGCAGAAAUCCUCUAGGGAGCAAGGCAAAAUCAAAAACGCAAAUGCAGAAAAGCAUUUAGUUGUGUAUGCUUGUAAACAUGUUUACAUUUCAUAUGUUGAUGUGUAUUUCAGCAAACAUAAUGAAACCCUUGAAUGGAGAAUUCAGCUGUAUAUGCAUUUACCCAAAAUAUAGCCCAGAUCAUGUGGCUGGAGAGGGAGGAGGACCAGACCCAUCUGAAGUCUCCCUUAAUGGCUGCAGCUGUCAUUCCUCUUCCUGUCUUGCCUCUACGUGUUCCUGCCUUCAUUAUGGGGAAAACUACAACAAUCAGUGCAUUAACUGUGAAGGAAAUGAACUAGAUUUUUCGAAGCCUGUUUUUGAAUGCAACACUAUGUGCCAUUGUGGAGAGUUGUGUCAAAACAGGGUGAUUCAAAGGGGCUUGCAAUUCCGGCUUGAAGUCUUCAAGACUGCCAAGAAAGGAUGGGGUCUCCGCAACCUGGAGUUUAUACCCAAAGGAAGAUUUGUUUGUGAAUACGCUGGGGAAAUACUCAACUUCAGAGAAGCAUGUGGAAGGAUACAGUCACAGACAUCAAGCGAUUCAAAUUACAUUAUAGCAGUAAGAGAGCAUUUCUGCAAUGGACAGAUAAUGGAGACAUUUGUGGAUCCCACUUACAUUGGUAAUGUUGGUAGGUUCCUGAACCAUUCCUGUGAACCAAACCUCUUUAUGGUUCCUGUCCGAGUAGACUCAAUGGUACCUAAAUUGGCACUUUUUGCCAACCGUGAUAUUUGUGCCAAUGAAGAACUUUCAUAUGAUUAUUCAGGUAGAUACCAUAAUUACUCGCCUGAGAAAGAUCAAGAAGAGCUGCAGCAAGUGGAAGUAUCUAAGAAACCUUGUUACUGUGGGGCCAAAUUAUGUGCAAAUUUUUUGCCCUAUGAUAGUUCAUUAUUCCACAAAAAUGACCCAAGAAGCCGUGCUGUGGAAACACUCUGAGAAUAGAACCAGUAGCAUGUGAUGCUCUCUAUAUAUUAAUUACCAUUGCAAAAAUACUAAUGCCCUGUUCUGGUAUGAGGGAUCAGUGCAUGGAAUCAGCAUUCCACACAGGUAGAUGAUGGAGAUCUGCUUCCCUAUCUAACAUUGCAAUGCUGAUUGAAGUGGCUGGAUAUAACUUUUGAUGCACAUGGAACAUGUGACUUCCCAGGCUACUACUAGCUGUCACAUUUGACUAAUUGCACUCAGCCAAAGCUGGAUCAGGGCCUCUCUUCCUGAAAUAAUCCUUUGGGGACUUAAUGAACUUUUAAAAUAUAUUACUAUGGAAUGAAUGACUCACCAUCUGGAUAUUUAUAUCCAUAACCCAAACCUAGAAAUGGGACAUGAUGAUUUAAUUGAAACUUGCUUUUGUGUACAUGUGAUUAGCAAUACAUACGUAUAACCAGUAAUUUUCUGUUCUUGGAUUGUACAGCAAUAAGUUAUUCCCCUUCUAUAUUUUGUUCUAGUCAUAAAAGGAUAAUGCAUGGAUGGAGAACCUAUGGCCCCCCAUAGGUUGCUGGACUACAACUCCCAUGAUCCCUGAACAUUGACCAUGCUCGCUGGGGCUUAUGAGUCCGACAGUAUCUGGAUGACCACAGGUUUCCAGCCCCUGCAGUUAAAGCAUUAGGGGCAUAACAAAUGAAUGCCAGUGUGACUAGAUUCCUCAUCAGACCUAAAAUCUAUCAAUAUAAAAAUUAUUUAUGAAAUAGUCUGUGUAUACUAUUAAUUGCUUAACAUAAACUGCUGUCUCAUAUACCUUUUAAUCUGCCUGGGGUUAUCACCAGGCCCUUGUCCCUAGAGGUGACUUGGUAAUCUCAAAUUACUGUCUAAUAGGCAGUCCACUGAGUUCACACCCAUCAUAAUAUCUAAAGUAAGUUACCACUAUCACUACCUCCUUUAACUACCCUUUACUUGGCUGAUAAAAGCAUGGAUGUGGGUUGAGAUUUAUUAUCCAUCCGGACCAGAAGGCAUCAAGUAUAUGAGCCAGCUCUUUUAUUUUAUUUAGACAACAAAAGCAACACUGAACAUAAACAAAUGAGUAUGUGCAGCCAUUCAAUAAAGAAUAGGAAAUAAUUCUACCCAAUAAACUGGCACAAUAUAUGAUUCUCCUUUCCACUCACCAUCUUGCCCAUCAACUUUUCCCCCUGCCCUUUUUUACUGACUUGUUUAACUGUCCUCAACAGAUAUUCUCCACUGAUCACAUUUUCUGAGUCUUCCCGCCAUUCUAUCUUGCUCUCUUUGUUGCACUUCUACAGUCCUGUUUUCAGAAACACAUACUGUCCUUGCUUUUUCUUGUCUCUGUUACAGUCAAGUCAACAUAAAUUUGCACCUAGUGAUUAUUCUAAUGAUCACUUGUUCAAUUGGGACUGGAGGCCAUUUUCUUGCCUUCUUUGAACCUCACAUUCCUUUUCCAGAAGGGAAAUGUGUGAAUCAGUGCCCUGACCUUGCAUACCAGUAGAACAAAUACCCUGGUACUGGUGUCAAAUACACAAGAAUGUAUAUUAUUAUGAUUAAAAAUGGUUUCCCAUCCCUUCAAUUUCGGCUCUCUAAGCAGAGAAAGGAAAUCACUGUAAGCAAUAGCACUGCUGCACAGUAUGAGACUAUAAGUGAAAUAUAUAUAUAUGAAGCCUUAUUUUUGUGAUCAUUCAAGCCUGCCUUCAAUAAAAGCCAAGGGGCCUGUU